UCCGUCUUCCCACAUCAUCGUUUUCACGGGAAUGAUGCUCUCUGCUUCACAGACCGAGCUUCCUCAUCACCUCGCAGGCGACACACCGCAUCAGAUGCGCCCCAGUGAAGCUUUGGACGGAAGGCCUACUUAAAGACAUGGACCAAGGAAACACUUAAAAAAAAAUUGAUUCAAAUAGAUAAGACGCUUAUAAGAAAAGCACAGAUUUAGCUGAUACAAAAAGAGGAGCGCUCUAUAAAAAGAGAAACUACUUUGGAGGAGAACUGAAGAUGGCAUGUUGCCUGACGCUCGCCAUGUUUCUGUUGGAGUCUGCGGUCCACUCUGCCAGCCGCUGGUCAAAGCCGGAGUCCCCUCGCUAAAACCCAAGCAGCUCAAUUCACCGGCUGGAGCGGCCCUCACCCCCGGUGAUGUGAUGAAUAAGUUUGAAGUCCUUGGCAUUGUGGGAGAAGGAGCAUAUGGAGUGGUGCUGAAGUGCAGGCAUAAGGUAAAGCUCUUGACAGCACACUUCAUCUCUUCACAGGAAACCAAUGAGCUGGUGGCCAUCAAGAAGUUCAAAGACAGUGAAGAAAAUGAGGAGGUUAAGGAGACGACUCUUCGGGAGCUGAAAAUGCUCCGGACUCUAAAGCAGGACAACAUCGUUGAGCUGAAAGAAGCUUUCCGCCGGAGGGGGAAGCUCUACCUGGUCUUUGAAUAUGUGGAAAGGGUCAGCUUUAACAUGCUCGAGCUGUUGGAGGAGUUUCCCAACGGCGCGCCGACCGAUAAAGUCCGCAGCUACAUCUUCCAGCUCAUCAAAGCCAUCAACUGGUGUCACAAGAACGAGAUAGUGCACAGAGACAUCAAGCCAGAGAACCUCCUCAUCAGUUCAGAGGAUGUUCUCAAACUCUGCGACUUUGGUUUUGCUCGCAAUUUGUCAGAAGGAACAGAUGCCAACUACACAGAGUAUGUUGCCACCAGGUGGUACCGCUCACCUGAGCUGCUGCUGGGAGCUCCCUAUGGAAAGGCAGUGGACAUGUGGUCGGUGGGUUGUAUCCUCGGGGAGCUCAGUGAUGGGCAGCCUUUGUUUCCAGGGGAGAGUGAGAUUGAUCAGCUCUUCACCAUUCAGAAGGUUUUGGGGCCACUGCCGGCAGAACAGAUGAAACUAUUCUACAAUAACCCGCGGUUUCAUGGAAUCAGGUUUCCCUCAGUUACUCAUCCUCAGACCUUGGAGAGAAGGUACCAGGGCAUCUUGAAUGGUUUGAUCUUGGAUUUGAUGAAGAACCUGUUGCUGCUAAACCCGACUGAACGAUAUCUGACGGAGCAGAGUUUGAAUCAUCCAGUCUUCCAGCCCCUGAGGCCGGCAGAGAGGCCUUCUCCUGCAUCUCCCAACCCGCCGCGCUCCUCCAAGCGGAAAACACAUCACCACGGAGAGAACACGGUUCCUACUAGGAGUCACAACAAGAGCUCGAGUCGGCGCUCCAACAGCAAAGAAUGUUCCAGCCUCCCUCGCCACGGCGACCUCCAUCACCUGAGCAACGAGAGUUUCUUAAACGGGAACAAACCAGCUCCCUCCAGUUUAAGUCCCACGCUCCACCCCAAGAGCCAGUUCAUGUCCCAGACCCUCAAUCGCUCCGCCUCGUCCAACAAAGAUCUGGCCAACAACAACCUGCCGCACCUGCUCAGUCCCAAAGAGGCUAAAGGCAAGACGGAGUUCGACUUCAGCCUGGGACCCUCUCCGAAGCUGUCCGAGCAGGGGCACGGGGCCAAGUACGGCCACGGCAAGCCCAGCUCCUCCCGCUCCCAGCAGCAGCAGCAGCAGCAGGCCGGCCGCCACACUUUCCUGGAGAACAAAACCAACACCCUGCAGUCCGGGGCAGAGAAACAACACGGCCGCCACGCCCACAGCAUGGCGGACUCCGCCCACGGAUCCAUGUCCUCGUCGUCUAAGAGCUCGGCCUCCUAUCUCAGCCUGUCCAAGAGCCACAGCGCUCUGAGCGACGCCAAAUCCGUGGGGAACCUCAGUGACGGCCGGCUCCACCUCGAUGACCCCAACCCCAACGCGACAGCGGGGGCGGGUCCCAGCGCACGCUUCUUCCCCGCAAGCUGUCUGGACCUCAACGCCCCCUCGGGCCCCUCGGGGCCCCCCGGCAGCCCCUCCGCUCGACACAGCGAUCGGUCUGGGCACAGCCCCGCUUCCCGGAGCAGCCAAAAUGCCCGCAUGGAGAGCAGCACGCUCGACUCCUCAUCCAGACACAAAUCCAGACAUAAAUCUUUAGCACCAGAAGAUGUUGGUGCUCCAGAGCUAUUAGACCCGGGUGGAGCAGGGAUGCCCUCCACUCACACUCUGCCUUCCCCACACGAGUCUUAUCAUUAUGGCCUGGGCUACACCUCCCCCUUCUCCUCUCAGCAACGACCUCAGCGCCACUCCAUGUAUGUGAGAAGGGAACGCCACCGACCUCAUGGGGUUGAGAGUGGGAUGGCGGGCUUGCCUGCACCUGGGCAGGCGAUACCGACACGAGCCAGUAGCCUCCAGCUUCUCUCUCCACAGCUGCAGCACCGGACCACCCUGGCUGGUCACUCUGUGAGCUCCUCCAGGGAAGACUGCACUGAUGACACAGUGAGGUCUGCUUUGACCCUCACCUGUCCGUCUUCCCAACAGAGUGAGCAGUCCCCUAAAGACAUGAGCCACCCCUGUGCCCCCAUCAAAGACUCUACGAGGGACAACACUGCUGCUUUUCACACACAGCGCCCCAAAAAUGAGGUCGGGAUGUACCACGAUCCUCAUGGCGAAGACGGAGGAUCCUCCAAAGAGAACCGGAUGAUCUUCACUGAGUCCAUGCCUCGGAGAGUGGGCAGCUUCUACCGCGUCCCCUCUCCCAGACCGGAUAACUCCUCUUCUUUCCAUGAAGGUGUCGGUCAGGGUCGAGGGCCAGUCGUCCCCGUUGUAGCCGGUGACCCAGUUGGCAUGGCGAACCACUCCAAACGCCAGACAGCUUUUGACUGGAGUGCAGCAGAGGCCAUGGUCAUGAAAACUCCAGAGCCCACCAAAGAGAAGGAAAAACAAGGCUUCUUCAGAGCCAUUAAAAAGAAGAAGAAAAAGGCACAAAUAACAGACUUGGAGGACGGGAGGAACCCCACCAUCAAGAAAAGUCUUUUCCCCCUUUUUAGCUCUAAGAAUAGCUUAAAGCACAACUCAGCUGUCAAAGUCCUACCUGUAGUGGCCUCGCCCAUGGUAACUGGAAACGGACAGGAGCAUCUGUCCCUUCAGAGGAGUUCCAAGUCCUCCUCUCACCACAGCAGCCGCAGAAAAAACCGCGAGCGAUCCCGGGAUCGAGAGAGGGAGCAGAGCCGGGACCGAGACCGAGACAGGGAGAGGGAGAGAGAGCGGGAAAGAGAGAGGGAACGGGAGAGGGAGAGAGAGAGAGGAAGGGAACGGGAGAGGGAGAGAGUCAGUGAAUGGCCAACGGACAAGCAGGUGGACUCUCACUCUCAGAGCCAGCCACUCAAGUCACUCCGUCGACUCCUCCAUCUCUCCCCUUCCUCCUCAAACCAGGGACAGCCUCCUCCCCCCCCUCCUCCGGACAUGCGCUUCCAAGGCGCCCUCCCCAACCCUCCCCAGCCCUCCUCCAAACCCGGCUACCCGGAGGGCCGGGGCCACCCGGAGAGCAGGGCCCACUCGGGAGUGAGCAGCUCCGGCCAGGCCAAGAACCGCAAGCCCAGCUACCCCCUCCCGGGGCAGAUCGAGUCCAGCUGGCACGUGUCCGCUCUGCAGCGGGCCGAGGGGGCCCAGUUCACCGCCGAGCAGCUGGGCAUCAAACCGGGCCAGAACGGACCCACCUUCACCCGGGCGUCCCGCACCAGGAUGCCAAACCUGAACGACCUGAAGGAGACGGCCCUGUAAACCAACCCCCCCCUCCUGCUCCGUCCCGGUGGAGGUCUUGGAACCGGAGUUGAAAAAAUCCACUGAGAAGGCCCCCCCUCAUCGCCCAAUCAACUGCUCAUCCCAAAAAAAACGUCCUCAAACGUUGAUUCUCAUAAGUCUAAAAAUCUAAACGCUCCACACGGUUACAGCGUCCCGCCGGAGGAUAAAGGACAGGGGGGAGGGGCCAGCACCUUACCGGGAUGCCAGGACUGCAUCAGCCGUUGUUAUCUCUACUACUUACAUCAGAAUAAGCCGAUUUUCUCCCGUCAAGGAGACACACUGCCUGUGUGACCCGUCUGCUGCCAUCUUCUGCUCGCAGGACGCCGCUGCAACGCGUCACACGCCGCUGGCACGCCGGUGGCAAAAUAAACUCAAACGUUUUUCAAGUUCUGAUAUUUGAUAACCUCGAGAGAAAAAAAAAGGGAAAAAUAACGAUAACAGAAAAAAGAAAGAUUUAUAUCGAUAUUAUUUAUUAGAUAUAUUUAUUUGUUUUAAAUUUCAAGGAUAUAAGCUAUAAAUGACACAGUAUGUAGGCUUUAUGGGAAUAUUAUACGGUAAUUUAGGAUUAAAUGUGUAUUUGCAAGAGCUUUAGUUUCGACACAAAGAAAUGCAUAGAUAUUUAUGUGUUGAUAAUACAAUAUGUCACAAGGAAUAUCUAAUAAUGGUGAAUGUCUUCUUACUUUUCGUUCAAAUGAUGUUAUUAACAGAUUCUUAUGUUGUGUUAUUUACCUCCCCCCCCCCUUCUUCUGUUCGUUUCAUCGAAAUGUAAAAAGAAACACUGGUGAGUACACACAAAUCUCUGAUAUUUGUAGUUCAGAUAAGCCUGUCAUCCUCAUGACAUCAGUUGGAAGUUUUGUGACCAGUCGGGCUGUAGUGGUCAGCAGAUCAGCCAGAGUGAGACUGUUAGGCGUCUUUAUAUACUGUAACCGCUUCAUGUCCCACGUCUGAUAUCACCAUUCAAAAAUGACCCCCGGCCAUACGUCCCCAGGUUUUUUUUAUCAAUGUCAGCUGCUUUCCAGCUCCAUGCUGCCACGUUGGGUUCGUCUACAGCCUUAACAGCAAGUAACAGGCAUAUUUUUCCAUAUGUAAGCUCUUAAAAUUACAUGUAUGAGACAGAUCUUUUACAGAGUUUAAGAUUUUUAAAAAGGGCCAUACCUCACCUGCAACCUUUAAGAGUUUAAAGAAGAAUUCUGGUGAUCUUCUAACGUAGUCAGAAACUCUGGCAGAAAUGCCACAUAAUGAUAUUUCUAGCUGUGUUGUCAUAAGUUUGGGAAACACAUAGGUCACUGUUUUCAGUAUCUGAGCCAGGUGUUAGGUGUUAGGUAUUACGGUGGACAUCUGAAUCAUUCGGGGCAUCAAUCAAUUCUUAAUCAUGGUACUCGGGGUCCAUAGUCCUGCAUGUUUUCCAAGAGUCCCAGCUCCUGAACACCUUAUUCGUGUGAAAAUGAAUUAGUUCUUAUCGGGUGUGCUGAAGCUGGUAAUCAUGGAAAAUAUGCUGGCCGGUGGGCCCUGAGGACCAGGGUUAAAAUAAAAACACUGUCCCAAGUGACUCGCUGUCUUUUUGUAAAAAAGCACGGUUUUAAACGUUUUUUUUAUAAUUGUUUCAAAUUUAGAUUAGUAAAUGUGGCUUUACUAUGAAACCAGUAGUUUAAAAAAUCAACAUCCCCCCCUGAAAUAAUGAGUAGAAUAAACCAUAAAGUGAUCAAAAUUAGUCUAAAUGUAGGUGUACCCUGCUCAGUUUGAUUCUGUUCACUCAACUUUCAAUAAUACAACAAAUCAUAUGACAUUUUGAAACUGACCGGCCUUAUCUUUUCAUACUUGUUUACAUCAGUGUGCAUUUCUAAAACGUAUUUCUUAAGAAGAAACGCCUUUUUGUAAGUCUUUAUUUUGGUGUUCCUGUUUGCAUUAUGUUCAACAUCUGCCGCCAUGGUCAGGGAUAAAAUCACUCAACCUCAGCUAUUACAGAGGCAUUUGCUGCUUGUUCCCUCACAUGUGGAUUAAUGGGAAAACUGGCUCGGGUAAAAAAAAAAAAAAUGCUGUUUGUGGCCUGAGCAAGGUAUUUUAUUUCUUCCGUCGGGCUGUGUUUUUUGUGCAUCACCAAGUGAAACAAAAGGGUGAGGUAAAGGGAAAUUCUGAUGCAUUUUUGGUCCAGAAGUACAAUUUGGCAGAUUUAUGCAGCAAAACAAAUUUACUACAAGGCUGACCGAAAGCAAUAACAGUGAGAAAGACACUGAUGCAGCCAAAAUCAAACACGAUAGCAAAUUUUAGAGGGAUUUCGUAUCCUAUAUUGUGAUUCAACUAAAUUCUAGGGCAUCGAUAUGCAAUAUAUUUCUUAUCUUCAGUUAAUCCCUGAUCAGAUGAAAACGCUCCCAUGCUGUGCAUUACAGAGAACUCUGAUUGUAGAUGCUGAUGUGGGGUUCCUUUAGCCAACUAUUGGACAGAGUGAUGACAAAGGUUGCCUUGCCAGUGACCCGAGGCCUUACAUCAGCUCAUGACUUCUUAACACGUGGAUGGAAACGAAGGCUUCAGCUCCCAGCAAGUCACACACUGAGAGACGGGAAGAUGACUUUUUCCUCACAAAUAUGAAUGUGUUUCCUAAAGCAUCAGUUGUUUCAUUAAGCUGUUUCUCACUUCUGACAGGGUGUACAUAGAAAUAACAGAGUGUAUCUAUACUGACCAUUCUAAUUUAAAUAUGAUAGGGUCUCAUAAUAAAUGCCAACUGUACAU